AUGCUCCGCGACGAGCUUCUCCGGUCUAAGAACGAUGAGAUCGCAAACUGUUUGUUGUCGCGCAAGCGAAAACUGACCGAGUUGCUAUAUGCGACCGUGGGUUUUGAGGCUGCGACCGGGGAUUCUCUAUAUGAGCGCAAAGAACAGGCCUUUCUCGACGCCAACGAUAUCACACAAGGUCGUUACUUUGACGAAAGCACCCUGCCUUUGCCCGCCCAUGCGCGUGCCCACUCCUCGAGCAAGAAAACUGUCGCGCCCCCGGAAGAUAUUCAGGCAAAAUCGGACCUCACUGUCAGCAUCAAAACCCCUCCAACCCCAGCUGGUCCCGCCAUCGCACACCACAUAGAAGCGACUCAACCUGGGACAAUCAAUGGAGCCCAGUUAGCAGCUGCACCACAUGGUGUCGCAUCUUCUUUGGACAAUACUAAAGGCGUCAAUCAAUCGCUUGUAGAUAUCAAUAGUCCAAGCACUUCCAGAUUUCCGAAUAGUUCAGCCUCGACCGCAUCAUCAACCCAGAGCAUUGAGCAGAACCCAGAUAUAUCGGCACCAGAAAGCCUGUUGAUCUCCAAAGACUGUGAUGGAGCCGCGACCAAGAUAUCUUCCAGUGCAGCUCAAACAGCCGCGCCGACAGCUUCACCCUCUCUUGAUGUCUCCAACCAUACCCUUCCCCAAAAGAAACUCGAAUCCCGCCCAUCCCUCGCAAUAGGGUCUAAUAACGACCAACCACUUUCUCCCGCUUCGUCAAUUGACCCAUACUCCAACAAUACACCCGCGCCUGUUACUGCUUCGCCUGCCACUAGCCCCGGAGAAGAAGCGAUAGAUAUUGGGAAGAGUGGCCGUACUAGCCCUAAACAUGAUCGACAAAUGAAGCUUCGCCCAGGUUUAGUUCCGUCAACCCCUGACGAACAAUUGCAGAUGGAGGCGGCACAUUCGUGGCAGAAAGAUGAUGAUACAGCAGCAUCAUCAUUGAAUGAGGGUAUGAAGGCGGCCGUGGAGUCUGGGAAUGUUACGGACUUGAUGGACAUUGAUCUAAAGCCUGAUGUUGGUUCUUCUGGACAAAUACCUGUCGAUGGAAAAGCUCCAGAUGAACCAAGUAGUCUGUCACCAACGGAGCGCUUGCUCAAUGGGGAAGGGACCCAGCCAACACGCGAUCUUGCCGCGGAGACCUUGUCUACGAAGCCAGUGCCAACUAUUCCACCUACCCAACCUGGAAUCUCUCAGCCAGAACGCAUGACCACUCGCGUAUCCUCUGGAGCUAUUCGUCACAAGUCUGUUUCUGAAAUAUUGGGUGAAACACCUAAAACUCCCCACGAAAAGACUCACGCAAACGAUCAUGACACGCCUGACAGUGUUGCGAGGAUGCGAUUUAAGGACCGAAAAGAGCGCGAAAAGGAAAGAACUAGAUUAUCCACCGUCGUUUUCCCCAAGCAAACUCCCUCUCAGCAAGAGAAGGCUGACUCCAUGGGUCUCAUUCCUCGAGAGUCGGUUGAUGCGGUUGCUAAACUCAACGAGGAGCAUGACUACUUGUUCACGCUGUUCUUGAAUAGGGCUUACGCUCCUCCCCGGGGGUCAAACCUGAGUACGCUACUGGCGUCUGCUCAUAAGACAUUGAGCACUGCAAACCACUCAUUGGAACACCAGGAGCAGAUGGAUUGCCGAACCCUACGGCGUAUCUAUGCUCUUCAGAAUGCCAAUCGGUGGCCUCUGCGUCAAAUGAAGCGAUCCGCUGAACCUGUCCGUCAGGGCACCCAUUGGGACGUUGUGCUCGAUCACGUGAAAUGGAUGCGCACCGAUUUCCGGGAGGAACGAAAGUGGAAAAUCGCAGCAGCAAAGAGUUGUGCUGAUUGGUGCGCGGAGUAUACCAAUAGCGACGAAGAGCAUCGAGCGCUUUUGCGUGUUCAUGCAAAGAUCCCUGUACUGAACUCCAAUGUCCAGAGUGACUUGAAGAUGGAUCUGGGGUAUCCUACAGAAGAUACAAUGGAUGAAACCUUCGAUAUUUCUCACCCCACACCGGAUCUUGUCCAUUCAGCAGAAGAAGAAUCUAUCAGCGAUAUUUACCAUGAAGAGCCUCAGCAUGUUGUUUGCGACACUGUAGCUCCAGCUGCCAUAUUUUCCCUAGGGAUGGAUGAAUUCAAUUUCUCCAUUGAUAUGACCACCGCUGCAGAGAAGAUUUUGGAUGAACUGCCUCUUUACGAACCAAUCGGAAUGUGUGCAGAGACAAAACUACCAGCUUUCAAAGACGCAAUCGAUUCCGUUUGGAAAACAGAGCUUUUGCCGGUAUCCAAGUUUGCUACAGCCAAAAUCAAUUUUGUUGAUGGUGAACGUCCAUACAAACGAAGUCGAUAUGACUAUUCUCAAUACGAGUCUCACUCGGAGCAGCGCGUUACAGAAAUCCCGCCAGAGCAAACUAAUGUUGCCCUUUUCCGUCCAGAGAAUAAGCAUAUUCGUGACAGAAUUCACCCUGGCCACCAAUUCAGACCUCCCACUGAACACCCAAUGCCAUCGAUUGGCUUCUUCGAAUCAAGACAAUCAUCACAAUGGACAAUGCCUGAAGAUGAUGAGCUUCGACGUCUUGUCAAGGAGUAUUCAUACAAUUGGUCGUUAAUCUCAAGCUGUCUGACCUCAUCAUCGCUGUUUGGAUCCGGAGCCGAGAGGCGGACACCCUGGGAAUGCUUUGAGCGCUGGGUGGGAUUAGAAGGUCUCCCUGCGGAGAUGUCCAAGACUCAAUACUUCCGUGCUUACCACCAGAGAUUGGAAGCGGCUCAACGAACUGUUUUGGCUCAGCAACAGGCUGCUCAACAGCAGCAGCAACAGCAAGCCAGCAGUGGCCAGACCCAGCUGCCUAUCCGAAGACGCACAACCCAGCCUCUGCGGGUAGAUAGGAGAAGAUCAUCAAGACAUUUCGCAAUCCUUGACUCUAUGCGGAAAUUGGCCAAGAAGCGCGAGACGAUGCUGCAAAAGCAACAACACGCUUCGCAUCUCGCAUCUCUCCGUAAAGCAAACGAAGCAAAUCAACCAAAGCCUCCAAUUACGACACCUGCAGAAUUCAGUCGCCUCAAAUACGACCGGGAAAUCAAAAUGCAGGAAAGACAGGAGCAAUACCGUCAGCAAAUGAUUGCUCAGCAGAGAGCUAAUCUAGCUGCUCAGCGUACGGGGCAAUUGGCCAACCAGCAACAGCAGAUGAUGAAUGUUCAGAAUAGAAAUCCCAGCAAUCUUCUUCCAACUUCAGCUACGCCAGGCCUACCUAGUGGCACAUCUAAUGGGGUUGUUCCCAUUGCCAUGCCACCUGGUGUCGGCGUCAAUCAAGUUCGGAAUCAACCUUUGCAAGGAAUGUCUGCCAACACUGCUGCGGUCAAUGGACAACUAGCACCCGCUGCUAUGGCGAUGAAAAUUAUGCCACAAUCUCAGAUACAGCAACCUGUUAGUGCGAGACCUGGUAUGCCAAUGCAGACUUCUCCUGAUGGCACCCGCGUCGUUCGAGAGGCCACCCGCGUUCAACAAGAACAGCAACGCCUGCUGCAAUCUCGGCAGCAACAAGGCGUCCCUCAGCAAGGACAGUCCCAGCAAGUGCAGCAGCAAUUCCAAAAUCAGCAGUUCAACCAACAAGGAUCGCACUCACCCAAUCUCAACAUGGCUAAUGUGAACGGUACUCCAAACAACCCUGCUAUUAUGGCCGCUAUACAAGCCCAAGGAGGCAUACAGAGUCCAUCUUUCCAUGGCAAUACACCUCAGGGUGUCUCCACACCAUCUCCUCGGAUGGCUCAGCCUAAUCCCCUUUCGAGUGGAGUUGUACCAACUAUCAGUACCUUCCAAAAUCAAAUCCAGCGCGCCAACCCGAGUCUGCCUGCGGACCAAGUGAACAAGUUGGCUACGAAACAACUCAACCAGUAUCAGCAACAGCGCAUGUCCCAACAGGCGGCCAUGAACGCUGCCGCUGGAGGCAUGAGCAAUGUGCAAGCCAAUUAUCAGGUACCACAUGAUGGGAACUUCCAGACUCCACAGCAAGCUGGCAUGGUCAACGGUAGCCAGGCAAUGCAGGUUCCUCAGAACCAAGGCUUUUCCCCGAUGAUGCGUGUUCCGCAGACCAAUCAGCAGAACCGAGUUGUUCCUAAUAGCUCGCCCGCCAUGAACGGCGCUGUUCCUCAGCCUAACCGAAGUGGAACCCCCCAGACACAGCGAAGCGGUAGUGCUCAAGCUGGUGCGGUGCAGGGUCCCAGCAAUAGUCCCCAUCCUCCGCCCGCUCAGCUAGCUAACAGCUAG